AUGGUCUCUCAAACUCUCCUCCCAGAGGAAUUCCUCUCCAAACCCGCCCCAGACAUCACCGUCUCCCGCAUCGACUUCAGCCAGACUUCUCUCCCCGAAUACCAAGGCCUGUACGCCGUCAUCCUCGAAAACGUCCUCAGUCCAGCCGAAUGCGACCAGCUCCUUCAAGGCGCCGAAGCCAGCUCCAACGGCAAGUGGGAGCGGGCAAUGAUCAACAUGGGCAACGGCCGCCAGGAACUCAUCGCCGACGCUCGCAACUGCAGUCGCAUCAUCUGGGACUCGCCCACCGUCGCCACGAAGGUCUGGAAGCGGAUUGAGCAUCUGCCGGAAGUGCAGGAGAUUGUGCGGUUGGAGAAUGUGCCGAGGAUCUUUGGGAAUGGGCCGAUGAAGAGAGGUGAAGUGUGGAAGUUGACCCGGCCGAAUGAGAGGAUGAGGUUCUUGAAGUAUGUGGGUGGAGAGUACUUUCGGCCGCAUUGCGAUGGGAGUUAUGAAACACCGGAUCGGAAGGAGAGGUCAUACUUUACAUUGCAUCUGUAUCUGAACAACGCUGGUGGGCCGUCUGAGGAGGAGCUGGCGGAGAUGGACCCCAAGGACAGAGCCAAGUUUGCCAAGUUGGGACUGACCGGCGGCGCCACGACCUUCCACUCGGUGACGAUGAACAAAGACCGCGACCUCGAUGUGAUGCCGAGGACGGGAAGGAUCCUGCUGUUCCAGCACCGGGAUCUGCUCCAUUCUGGUGAUGAUGUCUUGCAAGGUGUGAAGUACACGAUGCGGACCGAUCUUAUGUACACGCUGGAAAGUACGCAGAGCAAGUCGAAGAGCGAGAUGCCAGUGUUGAGGGAGUGA